AUGUCAUCCAACGAUGAAUGCAAUGUUAUUAAGGAGGCAGUUUCUUCUUCAGAUAGCAAUAGCAGUAAUAGCUUUGCAAUCACAAUUUUGUCGGUUACCGGUCAGAAAUGGAAGCAGAAUAUUACGUUAUUAGAAACCAUUGAUACUUUAAAGGGAAGAAUUUGGCGUCGAACAGGUCUUUUCCCUUACCAUCAGGGUCUAAUUUUUAACAACUUAUCGCUAUCAGAAAUGUGUGGAGAUACUUUGCUUAGUGAAUUUGGUGUCCAACAUAAUUCACUUAUACGUUUAGCCAUUGUAACACGAUCUGGGCCACUAGCAGUUCCAAUCUCUCAAAAACUUUCAGCCGUUUCUUGUGGCAGUGAAGCAAUACAGCUAAUUUUUCUUACAAGCUUUUAUACCACUAUAAUAAGUACGGGAGAUUGGAAAAGAUUACGUAUGUUCGAUGAGCAAAAUUUGGAUGAAAAUCGGCGAACCCUGUUUAGAAUGUGUGAGCUGCGAAGGCAGAUAAAACACAGUGGUCUAGCAAGGCCAGUUGGAUAUGAAAGACAGGGGUUUUCAGCUCCAGAAGAUACGAGCGCGAAGGAAAGUUCAGCUGGUGAUACAGAAUGCGAGGAAGAUAAAAACUGUUCUUGCAGUAACAUUAGCUCUUUUUUUAAGAGUCCAGAAACUACAUCGUUAUCCGUAUCGAAAUUUGGAAAUAAAAAAACUCGUUCAAAUCCUGUUAAAGAAGUAGAAAUAAAUGGAUGUGGUGAAGAAUCUCUUAAAAUUUCUACUCGCGAACAGCUACUCAUGAUGAUGCAUUCUCGCCCUCUUUCUCCUUCUACAGAUGUGAAUACUCAAUCGGAUGGUGGUUCUGAGUUCUCGUCAGGAAUGAUAGUUUGUGAUCUCAGUAACGAAUUCAGAAGAUUGCGUGUUCGUCGUAAGCACCAUGGUGUGAGUAAUGGAUCUACAGCAGUUCAACGCACUCGAGCUAGAAGCAAGCCAGGAGCUAAUUUUUCUUUAUGUCCUCACCGACAAAAAGGCUCAGAUCUGACUUCGAGUGAUGAUGAGCGUCCAUAUCGACGUGCAGCUGAACCGAUGUCUUGUUCAGCUUACCGGCGGUCUACUGUUUCACGUACACAGAAAGUUCUUGUUGGGUAUCAAUCACACCAGCGAUGUUCUGCAUGUGCUAUCAAGCUGAAUAAUUUUUCAGUUGCAUUUCAGUGCAGAUGCGGCAAAACACUGUGCGCUAGACAUCGUUCGGCUGAAAUGCAUACUUGUACUCGUAUUCGUAAGUUGCAAGAUGCUAGUGACUAA